AUGGUCGUUACACAGGAUGACUCAACAAGUUUGGACAUGAUCACGAAAAUUCCAAGUGUGGCAUCAGAAUUGAGUGUCGUUGCUUUCAAUCAUCGAGCAAUUGUUGCAGCCAUUUUGUUCGUAUUCGCAUUGAUCGGUCUAUUUGGUAACGCCCUCGUCAUAAUUUCAGUCAUCGUUAGCAGAAAGCUUCGGACGAUCACCAAUGUCCUGGUGGUCAAUCUGGCUUUCGCUGAUUUCAUGGCAUGUACCUACUUACCGUUUCAAAGCGCUGGUCUCCUAAGUCAAACAGGAAGGUACCCUCUGCAUGAGACGGUGUGCGCAGCCGUUGCCGCAGUAGGAUACAUCAGCGCAUGCUGCAGUGUAUACACCCUAGUCGCUAUAGCAUUUGUCCGUUGGUACGUCAUCACCAGAUCUAUUCGUGGUCAUCAAGGUCUUCAUACCCCGAAGAAAAUCGCCAUCAUGGUUGUGAUCAUCUGGAUAUUCUCAAUCUCAUUCAUGAUCAUACCUCCUGUUCUUGGCAUUGGAACACUCGGUUAUUCCGAAUAUUACAGCAUAUGUUCCUUGACAGAUACAAACGAACUAGAUGACUAUUAUGUCGUUCUUCAGGGGACUCUGGUCGCCAUUGCCCUCCUGCUCACCCUUGUAUUUUACAUUCGUAUCUUAUGGCAUGUCUUGCGACACAAUAAGCAGUUUCGAGACAAGUACGCGGUUGAUGAAGAUACCGGUUCAAAAUCAACAGAGGCACAUCAGAACAAGGCUUCCUCAUCCAUGGCUGCAGGUUCUCGUCCACCUAUGAUCAAGGCCAUCAACCGGAAAGAGAUCGAGAUCACGAAGAAUCUCUUCAUGGUCGUUUGCGUUUUUAUGCUCUGUUUCCUAGCCACCGUUGUGAAUUUCAUCAUCCCUGGUACCAGCGUCUUUACUCUCUACAGUACCAUGAUAUUGUUCGCAAAUAGCAUAUUCAAUCCGAUUAUCUACGGGCUCAAGCAUCCCAACUUUCAAGAGGUCUUCAACAAAAUCCUUUGCUGUCGUCCCGUAGGAUAGGCAUCAUGCGAGACCAAUCUGAAUGUUCAUGGCAGGCUCUUCGCUGGCGAAUUGAGUACACUUUACUGAAAAGGGGGCAAAAUCACGUGAACAGGAAAAAGUGUGACCCUUCCAAAACUACCCAUCGAAAACCAUCGAAAAUCAAAUUUUAAUGAUGGUGGCAAAAGUUGGAAAAGGGAUACAGGUUUUUGCAAAAAAAGAGGGGGUAUUUCAAAACAUG